CAAUUAUAGCUUUAGAUGAUGAUAAAAAAAACCAAAAGGUCAUCACGAGUCAACGGUGGUGGUGGAGCUGUGGAAGGAAGCAGCAAUGGAGUCUGCGGCGGCGAGCGCUUUUCUGAAGAGCGUGAUGGGGAGGCUCUUCCAGGUGCUGGAGAAGGAGUACAACAAGCAGAAGGGCCUGAGGCAGGAGACCCUCUCCAUCCAGCAGGACCUCCGCAUGAUCGCCGCCGCCAUGGACGACCGCAUCCACGCUCUGGGGCGGGGCGACGGCCGCACGGCCGUCGCCAGGCUGUACAGCGAGGAGAUGCUCGGCCUGGCGCAUGACGCCCAGGACUGCAUCGACCGCAUCGUGCACCGCCUCACCUGCAGGCCCUCCCGCUCCAGCGGCGGCGGGCCGUCGGCGCUCGCCCGCCGGGUCCUGACAGUCGUCCACGAGCUCAAGAAGGUCCAGAGCCGCUCAGGAUUCUCCGACGAGAUCCACAAGCUCAAGGCCCGCCUCAAGCUGGCGCACGAGCGGGUCGUCGGUAUCCCCAUCCCCAUCCCUGCCACCGUCUGCCAAGAAUCGGCGGCGUCGUCCUCGGGGUCGUGUCGCGUGGCCCGCAACCGCAACCCGGUGGGCAUCGGGAAGCCCGUGGAGGAGCUCCUCUCGAUGCUGGACGAGGUGGAGGGCGAGCCGGAGCAGACGAGGGUGAUCUCCAUCGUGGGGUUCGGCGGGUUGGGGAAGACCACGCUCGCGAGGGCAGUCUACGACAGCCCUCGUGCCGCGGAGAAAUUCCACGCCCGUGCCUGGGUCGCUGCCGGCCGCUCGCGGGAGAUCAACGGCGAUGGGGUCAGUGAGAUCCUGCGCGAUGUACUCUGGCAAUUUCGUUGCAAAGAAGCCAAGGAUGGGGACGGGGACAAUGAGAUCCUACGUGAUGUGCUCAGCCGUGUUGAUCGCCAACAACUUGAAGCCUUGCUCGCAGAACACUUCAAGGUUACCAGGUACUUGGUUGUCAUUGAUGACAUCGGGAUGGAGCAAUGGGCUGCUAUAAAUUCCAUUUUUCAAGACAAUGGCAGAAGCAACAGAAUACUACUGACAACGACCAUUCAGUCAACAGCUAAUAUUUGCAGCCAUGGCAACGGCUAUGUUUACCAACUGAAUACACUUGGUGAAGAGGACUCCAAGGAGAUAGCUCUUGGGUUACGAUCGCCUGAGCUGGAGCAGGGUUCAAGGAAGCUGCUGCAGAAAUGUGGUGGUCUUCCACUUGCUCUUGUCAGUGUCUCCGAUUUCCUUAAAAGUUCAGUUGAGCCUACAGGGGAGCUGUGCGCAGACCUAUGCCGCAACCUGGGUUCUCAUCUGAGAGAUAAGCAUGGGCAUGACAACUUCACAGAACUAAGAAAGGUUUUGAUGUAUAACUAUGACAGUUUGUCUGUGUAUGAGAUGACCUGCUUGCUAUAUCUAGGCGUGUUCCCAAACAAUCGUCCCCUUAAGAGGAAAGUUCUGAUCAGGCGGUGGUUAGCUGAAGGAUAUGCACGGAGCGAUUCUCUUCGCAGCGAAGAGGACAUUGCAGAUGAAACUUUCAAUAGGCUUAUUGAUCGGAAUAUCAUCCAGUCUAUUGAUACAAGAAACAAUAAGCAAGUCAAGACAUGCAAGACUCAUGGCAUAAUGCACGAGUUUGUGCUGUACAAGUCUCUAUCGCAGGGGUUCAUCGCGACAUCUUCUCACGACCAUCCAAGACCCUGUGCAUAUGUUAAUAAUGCUUGCCACCUCUCUGUCCAUGGUGGCAGUUUGACCAAUAGUGAGGCAUCUGACGAGGAUUUGUCUCGUGUUCGGUCUCUGACAGUCUCUGGGAAAGCAGGUGAUGCUAUUUCUUAUGUUCGUAAGUGCAAACUGCUACGAGUCCUGGAUCUGGAGGAAUGCAGUGAUCUGGAAGACAGUCACCUCAAACACAUAGGCAAGCUAUGGCAUCUGAAAUAUUUAAGUGUUGGGGGCACUAUUGAGAAACUUCCGAGCAGCGUCGAAGGACUGCAUUGCUUAGAGACCCUGGAUUUAAGGAGAACCAAGAUAAAGACAUUGCCCGUCGAGGCCAUUAUGCUUUCCCACCUAGCCCAUCUGUUCGGAAAGUUUACAGUUGAGAAAGAUGAUUUGAAGAGUGCAAGCAAGAUGAGCAAAGUAAUGAAGUUCUUCUCUGGAAAUAAGAGUAACCUGAAGACCUUAGCUGGAUUUGUCAUCAGUGAGAGGCAAGGGUUUCUGCAACUUAUGAGUCAUAUGAAAAAUCUGAGAAAGGUCAAGAUAUGGUGUGAACCAGUUGCAAAUGGUAGUAACUAUGUCACUGAUCUUUCUGAGGCCAUUCAGAAAUUCACCAAGGUUCCCAUGGACAGUGUAGGUUCUCGUUCUCUUUCACUUGAAUCAGAAGAAUGUUCAGAAGACUUCCUGAGUUUGCUUGAUUUUGAGCCAUGCCCCGAAGGUUCCAAAUAUGAUAUAAGGUCACUGAAGCUACAUGGCAAGCUACUCCAGUUACCACCAUUUGUUACCUUGCUGGCAUGCCUCACUGAACUGUCUAUUUCGUCAUCUACUCUGAGACGGAAUCUUCUAGCUUCUCUGAUCAAUUUGCGCAACCUGCUUUACCUCAAGCUGAUAACCGAUAAGCUUGAGAAUUUUGAAAUGAGAAAAGGGGCAUUCCCAAGCCUGCGGCGUCUGUGUUUUGUAGUGCGAAGUCUUGAUUCACCUCUGCCAGUAAUCGAACAAGGAGCUCUUCCAAACCUUGUCUCACUCCAACUUCUCUGCCCCGGUCUAGUUGGUCUUUCUGGCAUCCAAAUUAGACACCUGAGACAUCUUAAGGAUGUCACAAUUGACCCUGCAGUGUCUGACCAAACAAGAACAUAUUGGAAAGAAGCAACAAAGAACCACCCGAAUAGGCCAAGACUCUUGUUCAAAAAUGGUGACCCAAUGGAAAGCGAGGGACCAGGGCAUGAAGAAGCUUCUGCCAUGAGAGAAAAACGGAAAAUAUGCGUAGUGCAACCAUGUUCGGAUUUAGAUUCUGGUCUCAAGAAGAUGCUCACCAUAUACAGUCAGUUGCUCCGGUUCUUUCGGGCAACCAUUUGCCCAAGUGGUGGUAACAAUGAUGCUAUCCGGGGAGUUCUUGUGGAUCUUAUGCACCUCAGCUAUAAGUGUGCUCGUGAUGGUGAUGAGGUGCGGGAUUACUCUCUUGAUAUCAUGGACUUUAUCUUCCAUGAGAUCCGUGAUGCCAUGGUCUCCCGGACCACCAUACCUUAUGCCCCCUACAUCCAGCUUCUCAUCAACAACUCGUGUCCGUGA